AUGAACAGCUGCUCCAAAGUGCGUGACAACUUAACACGUAUAAAGCCUACAGAAGACUGGUUAUCGGAGAGCCGCCUUAAAAGAUGCCUUACAACCUUAGAUCUCACUUUUUUAGGUGUGGGCUGUGUGUUAGGUGCUGGCCUGUACGUGGUCACAGGGGAAUUAGCACGUGACAUCGCUGGGCCCGCUGUUAUUAUCUCCUUUUUCAUUGCUGCUGUUGCUGCCGCUUUGUCUGGGAUUUGUUACGCGGAGUUUGGAUGCCGUAUUCCCAAGGCCGGCUCCGCCUACAUGUACUCGUAUGCGACUGUUGGAGAGUUUUGGGCGUUCGUUGUCGGUUGGAACAUGAUUCUAGAAUAUGUCAUCGCUGCUGCAAGCCUGGCGCGCGCCUGCAGCGAGUAUAUCAACUCAUUUGCUCAGGGUUAUAUAUUCAAGUUCUUUAUGAACGAUAUAGCCACAUGGAACGUUUCUGGCCUUGGAAGCUUUCCUGACUUCUUGGCAUUCACACUGGCCUUGGCGGCUUCUUUUAUUGUCUCGCUGGGAGCACAAAAAUCAUCUCUUGCGAAUAAAAUCGUAACCUUCGUAAACUUAGCCGUCAUCUUGUUUAUUAUCGUUAUUGGAUUUUACUUCGCCGAUGGGGAGAACUGGAAACCAAAAUUUGCCCCGUACGGGUUUCGAGGUACUCUAGCAGCUGGGGCAAGCUGCUUUUUCGCCUUCGUUGGAUUUGACGUCAUAGGAUCGGCGGGAGAAGAAGCUAUCAAUCCCAAGCAUUCGUUACCCUUCUCUACCAUUCUUACUCUUGUGAUAAGUUUCUUGGCGUAUUUUGGAGUCGCAACGGUGCUUACAUUAAUGAUACCUUAUCAAAAACUGAGCCACUUUGCUCCUCUGGCUGAGGUUUUUGUUCAACGUGGGUUGAGCGGCGCCAAAUACGUGGUGGCAAUAGGUGGGCUCUGUGCAACAAUGAGCUCCCUGGUGGCCAACUCAUUCGCAGGCCCACGUAUUGCAUACUCCAUGGCGUCUGACGGAUUGUUAUUCAACUGGUUUGCGCAUGUGCACGAGAAGACAAAGGUUCCAGUUCGUGCGGUUUUGGUUGAAGGAAGUUUAGCUGCAAUCCUUGCUUUACUUCUUGACGUAAAGCAACUGGUUAGUUUCUUAAUUGGAAUUAAUUUCUUUGAAUUUUUUAACUGAAAGCAAAUUCGAGUCUCGCGAGAGCUGUCUAAACAUGAUUCACUAGCGAAGCUGUCGAAGUAUGUUACUAUUAACAUGACAGGUAAUUUAGUAGAAGUGGGUGUAUUCCCUAGAAUGGAAUUUUGGACUGAAUUUGAAUUAUUCUCCGCAUGGUAACUUUUUUUAGCAUUAGCAGCGACAACGCCAAUCGUAGCUUAGAACAAACACCUAAAAAAUGGAAAACGUAAAAAAACACGGUUUCCAUUUGAACGCGUUGUGGUUCCACAGAGAACGUUCGACAUUUACUAAGAAAGAUACUGAGGGAAAUUUUAAUUCUUAAAAUAUCUUUCUGUAUCAUAUCGCUGGCAUCGUUCGUGAGCAAUAUGAAGCAAAUCCUGUGUUCUGAUUGGCAACCCAACUGGGCAUCAUGGACCCAUCUUGCCCACUUGGGAUUGCCUGCCUCGAUCCUGCGCUAAAAAACGUCGCAUGGAGCAGACUUACAAAGUUCGUAAUUUGUGGACAAUAGCGGCGAUAGAGUCACAAAAAGCGGCAAAAGACUGUCAAACCAAAGAAAACAUAAACGACUCUUGAGGGUUUAUUUUGCUGCAAACACAAUAAGCUCUCUCUCCCGGCUCUCAUCAUUAAAUCUUUUAUUAAAACAAAGCGAGAUACUUUCGAUAUAUAGAUACAAUUAAUCCUUUGUUGACCAAGCUUGUUCGGUCAAGGUGACUGGACAUUAGGCUAGUUCCUUUUUCGUGUUUCUAUAGACUCGACUUCGUCUCGAUCCAUGGAAACGCAAAAAGAGAACUUGGCCAAUAUCCAGCCAUCUUCACCUCACUCUUGGUAUGUCAUUUUCAAAUGUAUUUUUAGGUGGAGUUGUUGUCUAUCGGUACCAUAAUGUCGUACACCAUGGUAGCUAUUGCUGUGUUGGUGACGCGUUACACUCCUGGAGUACAAACCGUCAAAUAUGACGACGACAGAACCAAAGAAAGGACCCGAAAAUGGCUUCAGUCGGUCUGCUGCCGUCCUGGCGAGACUGAGGACAAAGAUGGUGCUAGUCACGAGGUUACCUACCAACGAGUCGAAAGCAACGAUGAGGAGUCGUCAAAUGUAACAACAGAACCAGACAGUACGACAAGCUUCCAUGCACGUGUUGGUGCAUUCUUGUUGACUGUAUCCAUAAUGGCCCUAAAUAUCUGCCUUACUCAGACACAGUCAUAUCUGAGCUCGGGGGAGGUCUGGGCAAUCAUUCUUUCCUGUAUCUUCGGUUUAAUGAUCGUCUCAUCUUUGACGUUUAUCAUCAGGCAGCCUAGAAAUUCUGCCACAUUCCCUUUCAUGGUUCCAGGAGUCCCGUUCAUUCCUGCCCUUACGAUAUUUGUCAAUACUUUGCUUUUGGUGACGCUGAAUCAUUGGACGUAUAUAAGGUUUAGCAUUUGGAUGUGUCUAGGUAAGUAAUUGAAAAUUGGUAUGAAAUGUUUGAAUGUUAGCCUCGAGGACUGGGUCGAGUAGAAGAUGAGGCAACCUCGUCCCCAGGGCGCCUUUUCUCUGGCAUAGCACUCUGGCAUAAAUUUUGCCCACAUGAAAAGUUGAGUUUCUUGAUCUGUCGACCAACUUCUCUUUUUUUUUUUUUUUAUUUCCGGAUUAGUUUCCUGUUUUUUUCUUGGUGUAUACUUGUCAUGGUUGCAAACGUUCCAGUGUAAAAAGUUGUUAUUGUUCAUUCCAGGUUUGUUGGUGUACUUUUCAUACGGUUACAGUCACAGUUUGGAAGCCGUUAGACCGUCUGAGAAAACAGAAUCUCAGUUCAUCCUGACCCAGACUCCAGACUUUGGUCAAGAAGUUGAAGAAUAUGCACCACCACAUCAUCCAUAA